AUGUCGGACUGCAAAACUGGGCAACGAGUUAACAUCGAGUGUCUCGUUAAACUUAAGAAAUCCGCGACGGAAACUUUUCAAUUAUUGACUGAGGCUUACGGUGAAGGUUGCAUGUCUCGUGCACGCGUUUUUGCAUGGCACAAACGAUUUUCGGAAUGCAGAGAAACUGUGAAAGAUGAUGACCGCCCAAGUCGUCCACGCACAGCAGUUACCGAUGACAACAUUGAAAAAGUGCGAGAUGUGGUUAGAAAAAACCGUAAGUUGGGUGUUCGAGCAAUAGCUGAGAAAGUUAAUUUAGACAGGGAAAGUGUUCGACGCAUUCUAACGGAAGAAUUGAACAUGACAAAGGUUUGUGCAAAAAUGGUUCCAAAAAUGCUAACUGAUGAACAACGCGCUAGCCCACAACGCUUUGUCUGUGCAGCAGUUUUUAGCCAAUAA